AUGGAGCCAUUGACACCUGCAUUGCCGACCGAAGUGCUCACUCAGAUUUUCGCCUUGCUUUCUCAACAUACUCUACACGCCUGCACACUAACAAGUCGGGCGUGGUACGAAGCAGCUGUGCCAUUCCUUUACCGCUCACCCUCUAUCACCGGGAAAGGUUUCGACUCUUUCGUCGCGGCAGUAUGUCCUUCUGUCAAUCCACGAAUACGACACAAUGGCCUUGCAGAGCUUGUACGUGUCCUAGAUAUGAGCAAGCUUGUCCACAAUGGGCGUAAAAGCUUGACCGCGAGGCUUCUGGGACGAAUGAAAUAUCACUUGGUGGCUUUUAUUGCACCUCAAGCAACAUUUGGCAUCAACUCGCUUGCCAGUCUUUCACACUGCGAGAAGCUUGAAACUCUAGAUCUGUCUUUCGUUUCAGAAGCAAUACCAUAUCGCUCCCUAUUCAAUUCACUUUGCAGGCUAAAGCAUCUGCAUGUUCUUCAUUUGCCUCGAGCGUUCCAGGCAGAUCAUGACAUCGAUCGUGGCUCACAGAUCGCCCUUCGCGAGCUCGAAAGGGAUGCAAUUGACUUAUCGGCAGAGGUUUUCUAUCGAUAUCCGCCUGCGCUUCGCGCAUUGAGUAUCCAUGGAGGCAUUGAUAGUGUUACUCUAAUGUAUCUUGUCCGUGCCCCUACCACACUCACAAGUCUGAGCCUAUCGCAUUGCUCUCGAUUCUCAACAGAAAUAGUACGUCAGUAUUUGAACCGACUCAAGACGCAUACGAGCCUAGAACAUCUUCAACUGGGGACAGGUCUCUUCGAUCAUCACAGCUCCUUUACCGCCGUCUUACCACCCUUCGAUCACUUAGCGUCGCUGUCCAUCGAGGCUCCUCUACUGCUGCCUUAUGUCCAUGGAUUCGCUCUAAGAUCUGACAGCGAUUUCAGACCUAUUGCUGAGGGCACAAUGGGCUCUCCGUGGCCAAGAUUACAUACCAUCACGGUACUAGGUCCCAAUAACCCACCUCCUACCGCUCACUACUAUAAUCUCAAGCCGAACGAGGUGUACAAAGCAAUUGAUAGUGGAAUUUUCCCCGCUCUUCGGAAGUUGCGCAUAGACUCGAAGCUCGGUUGGUCGAAUACUUCUAAUAGCAUCACAGACUUAGAAGAUAUGACUGAAGACAAGCAAGACUUGAAUGAUUUGCUUGAGGCGCUUGCUAGUGAGGACGCGGACUUAGACGAACAUGGCGAAAUGGGGCAGACUUUUGUGCGCCCUGAAGAAGCUGGCGUCUUCAUAUUUUGCUCUUAA